CUUCUGGAGAUGCGAGUGCUGAUUUGGCUUGCCCGUAAUCCCUGGCGGUUGCUGACUUGAUGCGGGUGAAGGUAUCGCACCCCUCCGGGCUGGCUGAGACGCACCGUCGCCGACUCAACGGUGUCUCAACAAGACGCCGGCGAGCUCAAUAUGACGAGUUUCUGAUGUUGCAUCCUGAUGCAUCGGUAGUCUCCGAAAACCAGGAGAACUUGUCACCUCCCAGUCCUUCAUACAUAGGCAUCCAAUUUGAUCCCUCGGGCAUACAUUCAUUCCUCAUUCAACAUAAAAACUUGCAAGAUCUGCGCUUGAUCACAACCAACAAACGAACGAACUUGGAGAGCUUCCUCUCCUCCUGGCUCUGUCAGGCAGACUGCGCCUGGACCCUCUUGCCAUAACUGAACACACGCCCUUUUUAUGUACUUCUGGCUGUAUCGGUAUGACAUACUUCCACUCUUCCAGCCAUUUCUCCCCCUUCAGUUAAUUCCAACAGGGUUUCUAUUCUCUGCGCCUCCUUCUUCCAGCCCUCCUCAACAACUUCCCAGUCCCCCCUCGUUUACAGGCCAUCCUUUUU